AACACCCGACUGGCUCUACCGUUCUAUACCACUUCCGUCUACAACCGGCGCUGGACCAUAUCUUUCAAGUAUAUACAAGGAGCAAAUACCCUGGACUAAAAAGAAAGGACUUCUGGACGUCAAUCAACUCGUGUGGGCGAAUGUCGCCUUUAUGAAUUAUUUUUUCUUCACGACCUUUUCCACUAUAUACUCAUUACGAACGAUCAGAUACCAUACCAUACCCUUGAGUCGUGCGCACUGAACAACGUUCUUUGCGCGCGGUCAGAAUGCCAACAGUCUUGCUACCUGCAUCGGCUGCUGCUUUUGCGCCGCGGUCGUCCCCAAAUGUGGUGUUGAACAAGGUGGAACCGUGGCUCACGGCGACGCUGAAGAGAGUGAAUCGAGUUAAGCGACCUCUCAACAACGUCAACCAGCAUACCAGAUGUUUGACGGAGACCCUAUCGUCACCUAACGCGAUCUGGACCCUAUGUUCCAUCAUGUUUCCCAAGGCCCCCGAUGCUGAGCUCCGGAAGGAUGACAACCCUCUCGUGGAGGCCCUGUUCAAUUACCAGAUGGUCCACAUAGAAGCAUACGUCGUACAUGUUGACAUGGUCUCGCAGAACGAAGUGGCCUUCAAGUUGACCCCGGAGACUAUCGAAGCCUUGGUCGAGUUCCACAAGGAUGUUUACUCGGUCGACACCGCGGCCAGCACCUGGAAUUGGUCGGAGAAGGACGCUCAACUGAAGAAGCUACAAGAAGAAUUCGUCCAGGCUGCCAACAAGUUCGUCUACCGCACUAACGUACAGGCGCUCGAAGGGCUGGAGGAGGAUGGCGCUGGUGAGCUGCUUUGCGGUCGAGGUGAGGAGGCCAAGGCGGCUAUUGCGAGCCUCUUUGUCCCGUUGCUGCCUCCCCCUCCAAGGGUGGUGGAUUUCCUUCGUCCCGUUCCUCUCUUGCCCAGCUCGACUCUCCCCGAUGCAUGGUGGCAUAGCCAAAUGGAACAGCCAGCCCCCAUUGAGCCCUGGAAAGUGAUCCCGUCCAGCCCGAGCCCGGCGUCCAGUGGUGAUUCGAACCCUAACAUGUGGUCCGGUCUGUCGAUGAGCGACAUGCAGUUACCAUCGCCUGCCCCUUCCUACAGUCAACCAUAUACGACUUCUCCUUACUCUACUUCGGAGUAUUAUUGCGCACCCACUACUGCUGCUCUUACCGCUCUUCCCCUGCCGAGCAUGCUCGUGCAGCCGUGCAGUACCGCAGCAGGUAUGGCUGGCUUCGGUUGGACAGACCGCUAUCAAGACUUCGCUCUACCCUAUGGGACAACCAUGUGAUCUACCUCUCGAUCAUUCCUGAGAGGGCACUCUCUUCAGAUGAGAGCGACCACCUUAACGGCACUACCUGGCCCUGUAGAACAGAUUGCUCUCCACUACGACACAGGCGACACGCAUGCAGGCAUCAGCACACACGGCAUUAUUGACGGCGUUAUCAUUGAUCGAUUCAGCGAAACCGUGAUACUCCAUCUCGUCUUUGCUCUCAUCCAUCUACAUAACAUAAUCCUCAGUCUACUCGGACGUUUGGCUAUCUGGCUUAUUUCUCAUUUUUUGUUUGUUCAGCAAGCGUUGCUUUUUGUGUCAUCGUUUUUUGUUUUUGUUU